GAAGAGAAGGGAAAAGCCAAAACCUUGCCCUUGCAUUUCUCAUGAACUGUGGAGUCGUCUUGGGUUUCUAUUGUUGGGGUUGGGAGUUCUUAACUGCCCCUCUUCUCUUCUCCCCUUAUCCUUGAAUUAAUUUCUUCUUCGUUUUAUUUAAUUUUACACAAUACUUAUUAUAUAGAUUUCACUUUCUGUAUUAGUAUGGAAUAUAUGAUGGGAAGUGAUAAUAACAAAGUUUCGUUAGAAUAUGUAAGGAAAUCAACACCGCCACCAUUUUUGUUGAAGACUUACAUGUUAGUGGAGGAUCCGAUCACCAAUGAUGUUAUAUCGUGGAACGCAGACGGGUCAGGUUUUGUCGUGUGGCAGCCAGCGGAGUUUGCUCGUGAUCUCCUCCCAACACUUUUCAAGCAUAGCAAUUUCUCUAGCUUUGUCCGCCAGCUUAAUACUUACGGAUUUCGGAAAGUUGCAACUAGUCGAUGGGAAUUUUGCAACGAAAUGUUUCGAAAGGGCGAAGGAGAGCUACUUUCCCAAAUCCGAAGAAGAAAAUCAUGGGCAAAUAGGCAACAAAACAGUGCAAUAGCUCAAGCGUCAUCACCAUUGGAGUGUGAGGAAGAUCAAAGGUCUUCGUCAACUUGUUCAUCGUCGGGAUUCAACAACCUAAUGGACGAAAAUAAGCGUUUGAGGAAGGAAAAUGGGGCAUUGAACUGGGAGCUGACAAGCAUGAAAAGAAAAUUCAAGAAACUUCUUGAUUUGGUGGCUAAUUAUGCACAGUUCGAGAAAGAAAAAGAUGACGAUGAAAGCCCUAUGUUGUUUGGAGUGAAGUUGGAAAUUGAAGGGGAUAGCGAGAGGAAGAGGAAGAGGAAGAGGAAGAGAGAUGAGAUCAGUGAAAGCGCAAGCGUUUUGCUAUCUCAAGCCUGCAAAUAAUUACUAUAUAUUUAUAUAUUGAUGGUAAAUUAUGGUGUUAUAUAUUAAAAAGUUUAAUUAUUUAUAAAUCAUUUUUAAGGUUUUAGGUUA